AUGUAUAUUUCAUCUAAAAUCGAUACAACUGGUUUAAAUAAUAAUCCCAUUAAUGAUAGUCCAUUUCGAAUUGGUUCGAGUAAUGUCGAUUGGUGUGAACCUAACUAUGCCGUUACAGAAUAUAUCAGUGAAUUUUGGAAUACAGUAUCCAAUAUAUUCUUCUUUUUGGUUCCACCAAUAAUGAUUAUACUUUUUUCAUCGUAUUCAAAACGAGUUACAAAUGGAAUUACAAUUCUUUGGUUAUUAUUAAUUAUUAUCGGUAUCGGUUCUGUUUAUUUUCAUGCAACACUUAGUUUGGCUGGACAAUUAGUUGAUGAAAUAUCUAUUCUCUGGGUAGUUAUGGCAGGUUAUACAAUAUUCUUACCUGCUAUUUAUUUUCCUCAAUCACUACGUGCUCAACGACAUCGAUUUAUCUAUAGUUGUAUUGUACUGACCAUCAUUGUUACUUGUCUUUCCAUUAUUUAUCCAUACGCUAAUGCAUUUGCUCUAAUGAUUCUUGGUUUACCUUCAACUGCUUUUCUAGCUAUACAUCUUUCUAGAUGUGACAAUCGUCGUAUUAAGAAUCUUGGUAUUCAUUGUUUAGGUAUGUGGGGUGUUGCUGUUACAAUAUGGAUAUGUGAUCGAAUGUUUUGCUCAUUUUGGUUAUCUAUAUCAUUUCCUUAUCUUCAUGCAUUUUGGCACGUAUUAAUUAUAUUUAGUAGUAACGAAGCUAUUGUCGUAUGUGCAUAUCUAGUUGUAAAAUAUCAAUAUCCUCAAGCGAAUCUCAUUUUACAUGCCUGGCCAAAUGAACAAUGGGGUUGCUUUAGUUUACCAUAUUUGAAAUUUCAUGAUGAUGGCAGUUAUUUAUCAUCAACAUCGAAUAAUUUCGCAACGAAAUCUAUUGUUUAA